UGAGUAUAAACGGACAGCUCUUCACAGAGCAUGCUUAGAAGGACAUUUGGCAAUUGCGGAGAAGUUAAUGGAAGCUGGAGCCCAGAUCGAAUUCCGUGAUAUGCUUGAAUCCACAGCCCUUCACUGGGCAAGCCGUGGAGGAAACCUGGAUGUCUUAAAAUUGCUAUUGAAUAAAGGAGCAAAAAUCAGUGCUCGGGAUAAGUUGCUCAGCACAGCGCUGCACGUGGCCGUGAGGACCGGCCACUACGAGUGCGCAGAGCACCUCAUCGCUUGUGAGGCCGACCUCAACGCCAAAGACCGAGAAGGAGAUACCCCUCUGCAUGACGCCGUGAGGCUGAACCGUUACAAGAUGAUCAGACUCCUGAUUAUGUAUGGGGCUGACCUCAACAUCAAGAAUUGCGCUGGGAAGACCCCCAUGGAUCUGGUGCUGCACUGGCAGAAUGGAACCAAAGCAAUAUUUGACAGCCUCAAGGAGAACUCCUACAAAACCUCUCGCAUAGCCUCCUUCUGAGGGAAGCCAUGCCACUCGCACCCGUUGUUCUCCACCGGCAUUUUGCAGGCACGGCUCCAAAGUAGAGGAACGAGUCCUAACAGCCAGCUCCUACCCCCCGGUUGUAAGGCUGCACCUAAUGAAGUUCUGAGAAAGCACAGGGAUGUAGGUACGGGCGUUUCCCUUAGAGAAACUCACUCUAUUUAUUUUUAUUUAUUCCUGUUUAUUUAUUUAUUUAUUUCCUUGGAUGCCCCUGGUAUUCGGAUCCUUCAUGAUGAUCCAUUUGAUGAGCAAAGCUUAAUUUGUAUAUAACACUUCCGAGCCCUCCUCUAGAUUGUUCUUAAACCAUGUUCACAAGCAGUGCUGUUGGUGCCUACUCGUGCACCUCGUUGGUGGAAGAUAUUUCAAGGUGUUUUUAAAGGACAAGGGUGAUUAUCACAGCCCUCUUUUCUCCUGAGUUUUUAAUGCUGAAGUUUGGGGCAGUGGGAGGCACAUAGCGACAGGAGAGGAAACUGUAGAAUGAAAGGAUUCUCUGAGAAGGACAGUAAAGCCAAGCCGUCUGACGCCUGGGCCUGGUAUUUCUUACCAAGUCACAUGUUGUACCAAGGUGAAGAGAAUGUCAUGAGUGUAAGUGGCGUGUCGUGGCAGGUGCGGGCCGCUGGGCCAUGC